UUUCCACAACCCCCAAACAGAUUUUGAACGUCCCACUGACACCCCAAGUAUUCCAUAUGGGCGGCUGAGCUUGUCCCACCCUUGUCCCCCUCAUGCACGGGCACCUUGCCUCAAAGUUGCUGCCACUGCUACCGACAGCUUAGCUUGCCUUUGUCCAAUAUUCAUGUAUGGAGAGGAUAGCCGAGGCCUUUGAUUUCUCUCUAAACAUUUUCAUGAUUAUCCUAUUAAAUACCCACUUUCGCAUUCACAUUCCCUUCACAACCACAAUACGCGUUUGCAUUUCUCUCAAGCUAACAAAGCAAUCCCAAAGGACAAUCACAAGAACUUUCCCUUGAAUCAUAUCUUUUACACCUAGUUCUCAUAUACCUUUCAGCAUCAGCCUUGAGAGGAUCUGGGUCUGAUAUAUUGCCCCGUAUUUCUGUUGAAGAAUACUUGAAGAAAAUGGAGAGUGACAAAGUAUACGAGAAUGACCUUAACCUCAAGGCAACUGAGCUUAGGCUAGGGUUGCCGGGCACCCAUGAAAGUGAACAACAAGCGGUUUGUGUUAGAGGCAACAAGCGGCCAUUGCCAGAUCAAAACGAGGACUGUGGAGUACAAAGAAAAUCUGAUGAUGACCAUGAAAUUGCCCCUCCUGCCAAGGCUCAGAUAGUGGGAUGGCCGCCUAUUCCAUCUUACCGGAAAAACAGCUUUCAGCCAAAGAAGAGUGAGGCUGAGGGUCCUGGAAUAUACGUGAAAGUAAGCAUGGACGGAGCUCCUUAUCUAAGAAAGAUUGAUUUAAAGGUUUACAAGGGCUAUGCAGAGCUCCUUAAGGCUUUAGAGAAUAUGUUCAAGUUCACCAUUGGUGAAUACUCAGAAAGAGAAGGCUACAAGGGGUCAGAAUAUGCACCUACUUACGAAGACAAGGAUGGUGACUGGAUGCUGGUUGGAGAUGUUCCUUGGGAGAUGUUCAUGUCAUCAUGCAAGAGGUUGAGAAUCAUGAAAGGGUCAGAAGCUAGAGGCCUAGGUUGUGGUGUAUGAUAAAUCUAGAAGCCAGAAAAAUUGAGAAAAGCAAGAGAAAGAGAAGACUUGCUCUCAUAAAGAAAGAUCUUUCAGCUUGGGUUCUCGAAAGAGAUAUUGGGAUCUGAUUCUUGGUCUCCCAAUCGAUGAUAUCUGGAGUUGGGCUGGGAAGUUUAGAUGGAAAUGAGCAAAAAAGAUAGUUGAGUUACAGUUUCUUAAUUUCAUCAAGUUUGGCAGCAAGAUCCUUGAUGGUUUGAGCAUUUGUGAUGUUAAUGUGCUUCUAUUUUUCUCAUCAAACCAAAACUGCAUACAACAAGAUGUUGCAUCGCAACUGUAUAAGUGAAUAUAGGAAAGGAACAUGAUUAUCCCAGAUUUUGGUUAUGCACAUAAUAAAUGAAUUAAACAUAGCAAUUUCGAUGCUAGUGCCCUUAGUUGGA